UGUAUCAGUGAAUUUUAUGAUGCCGUUGCCAAGAUGCAUUAUUGGUAACCAAUAGUUUCCAGAGAGCCUUGUUUGGGUUUGCAGCACGUGGAAUUUAAAAGGCGCCAAAAAAAGCAGACGUUACACAGUCACAGACGACCUUUUGUCAUUUUAAUUGUGCAUUACAUGUAUUCCUGACUAUUAGCUUUCACUAAAUGGAAGUUACACAAGAACCUAAGAUGACCCGGAUAUUUACAUUCUUUCUGUGUUUUCUGAUAACUGGUCAAGUGUUGGCUGCUCCAGCUGACAGAUAUAUCGAAGAAGAGGGAGACUCAGUCGAGCAAGAACUAAUCAGGCACCAUCAUUCUACAGCAGCAGACAUAUUGAAAUCUAAAAACAAACAAUACUCUAGUGAAUCUGAGGAAACUUCGGCAAUAGAGAGUAUAGAGGAUGUCGCGGAAACAGAAGACGAAGACGAUGGACCAAUCACAGAGGACGACAUAUAUGACAUCACAGUUGGUGACGUCAUCCGUGAUGUUCUCCUUACAUUAAGAGACCACCCAGAAAUUGUUCGACAGCUUAUUGCAAGUGAGAAGGCAAAACUGUCUGAACAGAUUGAUGCCUUUAACAACCUUGUUGAUGGGGAUUCAGCAGGUGACAGUCUUGCGGGAUACAUGAAACCAGCGGAACAGCUCAGUAAAGUACCAAAAAGUGUGGAAAAGAAAACUGGGCGUUCAGGGAUGGCAGUGGUUCCAGGUCAAUCACAGGCAGAAGAGAAACGCGCAGACGAAGUGGUAAAUGAUGAAUACGCCCGCGAUGCAGACACAGACGAAUCGGAAGAGUACAAAGAUUUCAUACAGAAACCACAAGAAGGGGGUCGGGAUGAUCCAAUGUUUGAGUAUGAAAAACAUACGGAAUCAGCAGGCGAUACAAAUUCUGAUGAAUCAUCAAUCUCGGAAGACGAACAAGCAGACACAAGUGAAUCAGUUGCAGAUUCAAACGAAAAUCACAAUACUGCCCGAUUACAAUACAGAUAUCCAAUUUUGAACCCCCUAAAAUUGUUUAAGGGAUAUGGACAACCUUCAAACAGUAGAUCUGAAAAUACGAGGGACCAGGAAGAAGUUACAUCUGGGUCACAUGACAAUCGAGCAUCGAAUGAAAAUGACAGUAGUGAACACGCAAACAACUCAGAUGACUUGGCUCGAGUGCUACAGAAAGUUCGCACGAGAAAAGCUGAUGACAAUGCCAAGGACAAAGACAGUAACAGUGACAACCAUUUCAUAAAAAUGUAAACUCAACAUAAGGUCGUUUCUCUUUCAAACAGCUGAAAGCAAUUUUAAACUGUGAACUUAAAUAUACGGAAAUGUCACACUGCGAACUGAGACUUUUACGCCUGGUGGCUUUCAAAUGUGUUUGGACGAGUUUUCAAGUAAAAUCUAACAAAACGGUUAAGCAUACUUUGUAAAAAUCUCAUUUCUGGUUAUCUGCACGAUUUUACAUGCGAACAAACGUUUCUACAGUAUAAACAGACACGCAUGACAAGAACUACAUUUUGUGUUACUAGCGUCAUUUGACAAUUCAUCUGUUUGUAAAGGGAAAAUGGGUCUGUAACAUUAAUACAGAACGUGAUAAUUGCACGUAAUAUAACGUGCACAGAUUUAUUGUAUAAUGUUCAAUUACAAAACAAUUGUGUGUGUACAGUUCACCCGUCAUGUUCUGUUAUAAUUGUGACUGGUAUUUGAUUGUUCAUUUUGCACAUAUGUAAUGCCCACUUGUGUGGAAAUAACACAUCUCUAGAAUGUAAGCACAGUGUUUACAGAAACACGUCUUUUACCAAUACAUAAUUUUUAUUUCCGCAACAUUAGUUUUAGGUAGUUCUGCACGUCCGAUAAACCGAGGUCAUGAUAUAACGUCAUUUAUCCGGAUAACAUAGAAUAAAGCCUGGACUCGGCAUACGGAGACUAUCGUAAAUGCUAACAAAUAAAUGCAUCAUGACACCACUUUUACUUUCACAAGUUUUAUUCCGGUGAUAUACCAUCAACUAUAAUUCUAUACAAUAUGCUUUAUAUCUACUUAAAAUCAAUACUUUUUCGAGACAAUACAUACAAAGACUUAUAGGAGGGAAGUUCUCACAUCAUUAUUACUCUCUGUUGUUAGAUUACACAUUGCGUUAUAAAUGUCUGGAAUCACCUGACUGCACUUAAACCCUCCCAAACCAUUUGUAUUAAAGAGAAUUCCUAUAGUUUUUUUUCCUUUCAUAGAAAAUUUUUAAAUUCACAUAUAUGAUAGGAAAAUUUGUGCUGAAAACAAUGAACAAAUAAAAAAGAUAGGUCACCAGGCUUGUUUUUGUGAAAAAUUGUUUUGAACACACCCACUGUUGUUGAAACUGCUAGCGAUUUCUCAACAUUUUCAUAAUUUUCUGCUUUUUUGUAAAUACCAACCAAAAUAUACAUCAAGACAGCACAAUAAGUUUUUUUUCUUUUUACAGAUUUUGUUAUUUACUUAUUUGAUAUCAUAGUCAUAUUUGUAAUACUCUAUCCUUACAAUAAUGGGUACAAAUGAAAAAAAAAAUAUUGUUUCAUAUUUACUUUUGUGAACUUUUUUCAGUGAAAAAUGCCCAUAGUGAAGAAUAUUUUUUUAACUUUUGAAAAAACUCUUUCAUAGAAUUUUUUCUUGUUUUUCUUAUGUAUAGAUAAUUGUAUUGUGAGCAUAAAAAUGGCUAAAAAUGUAUGGGUCACCAGGCUAAUUUUUAUGUUAAGACCGCUAGCGUAAACACCUGUUCGGACGGAAAAUGGCGCGAAACCGGCCAAACUGAUUACAUGUAUGUCUGCUAGAAGUUAAAAAAAGUUUAAAAAAUUGUUAAUUCUUUCUAUAAUUGAAUACUAAAUAAUCUGAAAGGUGAUAAUGUCUUAUCAGUACUAAGUCAAUUAUCUUACAUUACAUGAACAACACUGUCUUUGUACUAAAAUGCGAUGUGAAAACACAACCACAAAAAUAGCAAGAUACCUGUCAGGCAUGAUACUUGUCAAUACAACAUAAACCAGUAUGAUUACUGAUAAAACGUAUCAAAAAUGUUAUUUCAUUCAAGAUUCGCCAUAUUUAAGACUGUCUGUAACAUGUUUCAACAAAUUUUGACUUCAGUUCAGUUUUCCAUAGAAUGUGUCGGCUGCGCAGAAAGAUGCGCAUAAAAAACUAUCGGAAUUCCCUUUAAGGAAAGACAUUUUGUCGACUCAUAAUGAUGCAUAAAUUGGAUAUCUAAACUAUGACUUCUAUUGGCACUACUUAACUGUAAUUAUUUGUGUUGUUUUAAACGUUUUUGAUGACAAUCUUCUUUUGUUGUUCAGUGAAAAAAUAUAUUCGAUAACAUUCCUUUGUAUUGCUUAAAAAGAAAUAAAGUUCUUUUAAAAAUAGAAA